UACUGGUGUCUCGGCGCUAAUGAUAGUAUUAACUCCGUUGUAUAAAACCAGGAUGCAUUCGCAUUAUUUGUGCAGAUCAAGAAACACGGUGUAUUUCCUAUCUAGUGUACGCAAGACCCUUGUUAUAAACACAAAACAUGUUCUACAUACGUGGUAUAUUCGGCAUUGCAAUAUUUGCAUUACUCUCAGCUGGAGAAUCUGAGAUUCCUGUAACCAUCUGCAAAAGAGAUUCAAAUGAUUAUAAUGCUUGUUCAAAACAUGCUUUAGAAGAGGCAUGGCCACUAUUUGUGAAAGUAGGUCUUCCAGAAUUUAAUUUUCCAUCUGCAGAUCCAUUAUUUUUCAAAGACACUAAUGUUGUACUUAAUUCUGGUGAGAUAAGUAUCGAAGUAAUUUUUUCAAAUCUCAGUGUUAUCGGUAUCUCGGAUACCCAAUUUUUUGAUGUAAGAACGCAUUUUCUUAAUAAAGUUUUCCAUUAUGAAAUGGAUGUAUUAGUACCAAGCCUGUUUGUAGAGGGUAUCGCAAAAGUAAAUGGUAGCAUAAAUAUAUUCAGAGUUGCUGAUGAAGGUCACUUAAAUGCAACUUUAAAUGAUAUCAGAACAACAUGUAAUUUAACAGGACAUGUAGUAAAUGAUACAUGGAUUGUAGAACAUUUCCGGAUCAAUCCGUCACUUGGAAAUCUCAAAAUUCACGUCACGACUACUAUCGAAGAGAACAAACAGUUAAAUAAUAUUGUUUUAAAUUUUAUAAAUGAAUUCUGGCCAUCAAUAUUUCGAGUGAUUUUGCCAUUCCUGUCCAAUAAAUUGGAUCCAUGGGCGACUGACUAUGUCAAUUUAUUUUUCUCAAAAGUUCCUUUCUCAAAAAUAUUUCCAUAAAACUUAUUUAUCUAUUAUACGUCAAGUACAAAAUUCCUCAUAAAAUUAAAAAUACUUACAUUUUUGCAAUAAAUAUAUUAACACUGAUUUUUUAAUAUUAUAAAUAAAAAAUUACAACAUGUAAACAUAUAAUAUAAUAAAGUGAAUGAUCACAUCCUCUUUGUACAUUACAUUUAUUUGAGAAAUAAAAAGUUUAAGUAUAA